CAAUCUAGGGCAGUGGAAAGGCGAGGGAUCGUCUAUGCGCAUUUUGGGGACAAAAAAAGACAAAUCACCCCAAACAGACCGGCAGGAAUCAUGGGGAGUGUGUUCCUGCCUGCGGAGGCAGCCCACUCCGUGCUGCGACGGCUGCGCAGGGCAAACUUCUUGCUGGAGGAGAUGAAGCAGGGUAACAUCCAGCGGGAAUGCCGUGAGGAGAUCUGCACCUAUGAGGAGGCCCGGGAGGCCUUUGAAAAUGAUGAGAAGACGAGACGUUUCUGGGAGGAGUAUGUGCGAGAGAGCAGUCCGUCUGGAGGGCUGGAGACAGUGGUGGGUGGCGUCCAAUUCCUCUACUUGAUCGUGCCAUUGCUGCUAGUUGUGUUCAUCAUCGCCGCUGUUGCCAUCACUGUGUGGCGCUGCCACUCCCGUAAGCGCUCUCAGCGCAGCCCCAGCCUGGGACAUUCGCACCAUGACCACGUCCUGUCAGUGGUUUCAAUGGACCAUUGGGGGAGGGAUUACCACCAUGGUGACCAAUCAGAACUCAGCAUCCACAGCAGCCCAGCUUAUCCAGGCUCAGAGCUCACAUUAGGAAGAGGAAGUGCUGGAGACCCUCCACCAUCCUACGAGGAGGCAGUGGGCCACGGGGAUGUCCAAAUAGAGACAGAGCCUCCUCCACAGUACGAGGACAUUGUCAACACCAGCUCUUCUAGUGGCAGCGGAUCCCAUGGGAAGUAAACCUAUCUCACUACCCUCCAAUAAAACCCUAACCUACACUAAGAACAUGUUCUUACUAAGCAGUGCUGCUGUUGUGGUAUUACCAGCCUCCUCAUUCAACACAAACAGAAACUAAUUGUGUGGUCAGUGGACAAAUGCAAUCUUUGCCGGAACCAGCGCUGUUGAAAUUUGCACUAACCUUUUAUCAGUGAGGUAAAGUGACAGCAGGAAGGAGGAAAGAGUAAUGACAUACCAAAACUAAUCAACACCUCUGCUGACUUUACUCAAGUUGCAUCUAUUGCUGUCACCUUGUAGCAAAUCCUUUCACUCAGCGGGCAUAACAAAUGAUGCAUGUGGCAUAAAGAUGUUAACAUAAUGAGGGACAACAAAUCUAAAAGUGUAUAUGGGGUUGAACUGAUGCUUUAUUGAAGGUAAGUGCCAAUUCUUCAGACAUAAGUGACCAAUAGCAAACAUUUAACCUAUUUAUAACACCACUCAAUUGAACUCUGUUCUUACUUUUGUGUUCUGUGUGGAACAGUGUUAAUUUUGUUGACUAAUUAUUUUCAUUAUAGUUUUCGUUAAUAGCCUUUUUCCCCUGAUGAAAACGAGACAGUAUCUAAUAAAAACAAGUGCACAUGGACAAAAACUUAAAUGAAAUUAAUUGACAUUUUAGUCAACAAAUAAAAACGAGAUGAAAAUGUUUGAAAGAGACUUUAUCCAAUCAGACCUAAUUUCGUCAUGUAGAAAGUGGGGGCAAGUUAGGCAAUAUCCCAUCACAGCUACUUUGGCUGUGUGGUAAGGUGGGAUGAGACACAGGGGAGAUCCAAUCACAACUGCUUUUGCUGCGUGGUGGUGGGGUAAGUUGGGGAGAGAUCCAGUCAGUUGACUAAAUUUACUGUAAAUUUCGUUGACUAAAAUGUUGGGAAGUUUCAUCAACUAAAACU